UGGUAAUAAAGCUUCGAGCUUGUUGAUGCUUUCAGCUUUUGAGAUUUUUAGGUUAUCUUAUGAAUUUGGAUCAUUGCUUUGCAUGAUGAUGUUGCUCAAGCAUCUUUCUUCAUGUCUUUGUUCUCAAUGAUGAUUCCCUUUUGCUAUAUUCAAUCUAAAUUAUCAGCUUUCAUCAUAGAAAAACGACAAUUUAGUUCUUAUAGUUCACCAUAUUAGAAUCCUUGUAUCACUUGCCUAUGAACCAAACUAAUGUUAUUAGGCCGUUUGGGAUCACAGUUUGACUUUUGCUUUGAAAAAGCCUCUCUGUAAGUGGCAAUGAAGGGGUUUCUCUAAGCUAGGGGUGUCAAAAUUAGCUGAUGGAAACGUGACCCACCCAACCCGUUUAAGUUUGUGACCCGCCCAUUUAUUAGCUUAGCCCAUUUUAGCCCAACCCUUUUAAUGGGCUAAUAGAGUCUAAACCAUUUGGAAUAGACCAGCUUCUUGAAACCACCAUCAUUUAAAAAAGUAUAUGUCGUCUUUGUACAUUCUCGAGUCAAUUCUUCAAAUGGGAAUAUUAUUGGGAAAAAAGGUUUUGAGAUAGCUCAUACAUUGGGGCACCAAGCCUCGCCUUAGAUAAAAGCCUAUUAGUGCAGAGAAGGGUGUAGUUGUCACAUUAUCCACCAAGUUCUGAACCAUGCACCACUUGAACUUGGAAUUUCUCGGUUAUCAGGAAAAAAAAAAAAAAAAUUGGCCAUAUAUUGGGUCACUUUAAACUACAAUGCUAUUUCUCAGUGCCAUUUAUGAUGCAUAAGUAAUUAUGUCAUCAUGCUGUUUAAUGCUCACCAUGUGGUUUCAGUAUGAUGGUUACUUUUAGCUUGUUUGGCCAGUCUUCUCUAAGGCCAAAAGUGUUUUUUUUCUUCUCAAAGUUGAGAUGUUUGGCCAAGCUUUUAGGAGAGAAAAAGUGCUUUUGAGUAGAAGCAGAAUCUAAUUUUGAGAAACUACAAAAUAUAGCUUCUCCCAAAAGUACUUUUCUGAAAAUACUCUUAGAAGCACUUUUUAAAAGUUUGGCCAAACACUAAUUGUUGUUCAAAAGUGUUUUUCAAAUUGAUUAGCCAAAUGCUAGUUGCUUCUCACCAAAAGUAGUUUUUUGGAAAAGCACUUUUCAAAAUAAACUGAUUUUAGAUGCUUGGCGAAACAGGCUAUUUGUCUUGAUUAUACUUGUAAUUUACGUAACUCUAAAUUGUGCUUCAGGUCGCACCAUUGAUAGCAGGACUGGCUAUAGCUGCUGUUGCAUAUGGUUCAAGGUAUGGAGUCCAGGCAUGGCAAGCAUUCAAGGCGAGACCUCCCUCUGUAAGAAUGCGCAAGUUUUAUGAAGGAGGUUUUCAGCCUAAGAUGAACAGGAGGGAAGCAGCUCUCAUACUUGGAGUCAGGGAAAGUGUUCAAGCAGAUAAAGUGAGGGAAGCACAUAGGAAGGUGAUGGUAGCUAACCAUCCAGAUGCAGGAGGUAGUCACUACCUUGCUUCUAAAAUAAACGAAGCGAAAGACACUUUGCUUGGACAGACGAAGAACAGUGGAUCCGCAUUCUAGGCUAACGAGAUUUUUCGCUGGUGCUUAGAAUUUCCAAAUCCUACACUCUAUGGAUAUUUGUGGCCAUUAGCACUAGAAUAUUGAGAAUAGAGUAUCAUUCUUCUAAACCAACAGAUGUACAUUUAGUCGGAUAACUUAGCAUUAGGGGGUAGAUCUCUUUAUUGAUUCUUCUAGCUGGUUAAAGUCUUUCAAUUUAGCUAUUCUUGAUGACAGACAACAAACAGUGUCUUGAUUAAUGCUAUGAGCAGCAACUAUAUCAUAAUCUAAGCAAGUUUCAGAGAUUGAUAAUAUGAAUUCUUACUA